CCUUAUAAAUCCUUUGUUCUCAUAAUAAUAUGGAUUAUGCUAUGUAUGAUCAACAAAGUAUUCAACAAUUUCUUCUUUACUUAGCAGAAGAUGAAACAAAUGAUUUAGUCUAUCAACCUACAAAUAAUAAUUGGCAACUGUUUACACCACCACCACCACCAUCUCCAGCUCCUGCUACAACCAGAUUUAUCCCAAAGGUGCCAUUUUUCGGUGGGAUGUUAACAGAGUCCUUUGAAGACGUCAAAGAUUUCAGCAGCAUUAUCACUACUCGUAUUCGAUCCAUUGCUGCUGCUGCUCGAAAAGCCAAGGUCCUGAGAUACAAAGAGAAGAAGAAAAGAAGAAAUUUCAUGAAGAAAAUUAGGUAUCCAUCAAGGAAAGCAUAUGCCGAGAUAAGACCCAGAAUUAGAGGGAGGUUUAUUAAAGUUCCGACUCCGAAUCCCCCCAUUGUUAAUCACACUGAACUUUCAAGUUAA